AUGAUGACGUUUGGUAAAUAUUCUGGUCUUGAUCCAACUUCCAAGAAACUUAAAUUGGUUGGAAACAAGCGCAUUGGUACACAACCCACAGCUAGAUCCAGACGCACAACUGAAAUUAAGGGAAGAAAAAAUUUAGCUGCAGGAAGGGUUCCUAAGUGGAAACGCAUUCCAGAACACACCUAUGGAAGCCAACCUAAUUCUAGUGUUCUGCCACAUACCCCGAAACCAUUUAACUCUGAAAGUACAAUAUUGAAACCACAAAAAAUGCCACACAAUUUAUCAUAUUGCGUUGAACAGAAUAAAAGAUUAGGAGCGACACAUAGUGCUAAAUAA